CCUUUUAUAAUUAUUAGUUCUUGUUGAAUCCAAUCAUGAUUCCAAUUUAACAUUAUUUUGUGUGACCGGGCCUAAAUACCACAAGAACCAAUCAGAGAAGCCUUCUUUUCAAAGAAGCAACUGCGUCAUGAAUCGCCAAUCAAAAGAUUUUUCAUAGCCUUUGUAAUCUCACGUCUAAAUUAGAUUCUUAUGUAAUUUUUAACAGAAAAUAACAAAACAUCAGCUGAUUCAGCAGAGUAGUGCUUGUCAAAAUUAUCGUGAAAACCUUUUUUUUAGAUUAUUAUGAAGAAGAAUUUUAUCAUUUAUCUACAAUUUAUGCAAAACCUGGAAACUAUCAGCAGUUAUUCGGUUAACCGAGUAGAGUUCUAUUUGUUUUCAAUGUGAAAGUGUUUGUAAAUAUUUAGUGAAUUUGUACCAGCAAAGCUGUCUUUGCAAUCGUCUUCAAUGUCAUCGGGCUCAUACGAUGGAGCGCGUAAGUCGGGGACAAUACAUAGCCUCACUGAGUUUCUCGCCAAAGAAAAGACUGAAUUUGACGCUAAGUUUAAACGCAGAGUUGAGUACAAUAUCUCGCGCAAAGAUUUCGAUUUCCUAGUAGUUUUGGGUAGUGGCUCUUUCGGGAAAGUGUACAUGGUAAAGAAGAGAGUCACCGGGUCUCACUAUGCUGUCAAGGUUAUGUCCAAGAGAAUGAUAGUAAAGAAAAAACAACUGGAACACACACAUAAUGAGAAGUGUGUACUUGAGAUACUCAACUGUCCCUUCACUGUGCAUCUGGUUUACUUCUUCCAGGAUAACAGUCACGUGUACUUUGUUAUGCCACUCAUUCUGGGAGGUGAACUCUUCAUGUACCUGAGGAAAAGCCGGAAAUUUCCAGAGACUCAAGCGAGAUUCUAUGCGGCUCAAGUUAUUUUAGGCAUAGAAUACCUCCACAACCUUGAUCUCAUCUACAGAGAUCUCAAACCAGAGAAUAUAAUGAUUGAUCAAAACGGAUACCUAAAAAUAACAGAUUUCGGAUUUUGUAAACUUGUCAAAACCAGAACGUAUACUCUCUGUGGAACUCCAGAUUAUUUGGCACCUGAAAUUAUUUUGAGCAAAGGAUAUGGAAAGAGUGUGGAUUAUUGGUCGUUUGGGAUAUUGAUCUAUGAAAUGUGUGCUGGAUAUCCACCAUUCUAUUCUAAGGAUCAAAUGAAGCUAUAUGAAAGAAUCGUUGCUGGAAGAUUCAAGUAUGCCUCGUCAUUUACAAAUGAGUUAUGCGACCUGCUCAGUCACAUUUUGCAAACCGAUGUUUCAAAGCGCUAUGGCAUACUGAAGAACGGGGUCAAUGACAUCAAGAACCAUCAAUGGUUCAGGCCUGUCGAGUGGUUGGGUAUACUCAAUCACAGGGUGGUAGCCCCUUAUACGCCUGACAUCACAAAUCCUGCUGACACAAGCAAUUUCUACAAAACCACCACAGACUUUGAUCUACGAGUAUCAAACCAGGAUACGUAUGCGAGGGAGUUUGCCAAUUUCUAGUUGUCAUUAGAGAUCAUAAACGAAAUUCAAAGAGAAAAUUUCAAGAAGAGAUAAAAAUUUAUUUAAUAUUACUGUCGUCGUCUUGUUUUGUCGGAAUUGUGAUAUUAUUGUCAUAUUUAUUGAUUAAAAGCUGAAGAUAUUCAGUACCGUAUGCAACACUUUUUUCUUCAUUAAAAAUAUCUAUCU